CAAGUGUCGAAGUGUCAAACUCGUAAACACGUGUGGUUAUUUUGAAGUUAGUGACUACAUAGAUACAGUGAGUGUUAUCCAGAAAUUUUAUCAAAAUGCCGCCUUUCAAAAAAGGAUUAUUGAAGAGGAAAGUUGAUGCUGAAAACCUAGAGCAAAAUGACCGUUUGAACACAUUUAAUCAGACAGAGGAUUCAGAACAAGAAGAUUUGAUAACUGGAGAACUGGAUGCUGCAAGUGACACAACAGAUUCCGAGCAUGGAGAUGAAACAGAAGUCACUUCCGACCAUGAAAGAGAUGAGGUUCUAUUUGAUGACAGCGCUGACUCAACAUUUGGGGAUGACGAACAAGCAGAUGAUGCUUCAGGUUCAUCAUCAGAUGUCACAGACUCUGAGGAUGAUGAUAAUGGAGAGUCUGAGGAGGAGGAUGACGACUCAGACAGUGAGGCGGACAGCGGCGCGGAGUCCGGCCCUGCGCGGCCCUCCGGUGACAGCGGCUCGGACGAGGACCGUGCCGCGCCGCGCCCGGCCGGACGAGUCAAGAUAAAACCGGACGCCGCCAAACAGCGCACUGAUACUAGCAUCGACAGACUGGCAGACAGUGUUCACAAAGCUAGUGUCAACACACAACCGGUCACACAAAAAGACGAGUACUCAUCGGGUGACACGUCGGAUGAGGAGGACCGGCGCAACACAGUGGGGGACGUACCUCUGUGGUGGUACCGCGAGUACACCCACGUUGGCUACGACCUGGACGGACGCCGCAUCAUCAAACCGCCGCAGCGUGACCAGAUCGACGAGUUCCUCAAAAAAUGUGAAGAUCCGGACUUUUGGCGCACGGUGCGCGACCCCAACACCGGGCAGGACGUGGUGCUGAGCCAGCAGGACCUGGAGCUGCUGCGGCGCGUGCGGGCCGGCCUGGUGCCCGCCGCGGCGCACGACGAGUACGCGCCCUGGCUGGACUGGUUCACUCGCGACGUGCUGGCCACGCCGCUGCGCGCCUUCCCCGACCACAAGCGCUCGUUCGUGCCGUCGCGCGACGAGGCGCGCGCCGUGGGCCGCCUCGUGCACGCGCUGCGCAUGGGCUGGGCCAAGACGCGGCGCCAGCUGGCCGACGAGCGGCGCCAGCGCCGCCACAAGCCCUUCUACGACCUGUGGGGCGCGGGCGGCGCCGAGCCGCGCGGCCUGCAGCGCCACAUCCCGGCGCCGCGCCGCCCGCCGCCCUCGCACGCCGAGAGCUACAACCCGCCGCCCGAGUACCUGCUCGACGCGCAAGAGCCAUACGAGCACUAG